AUGGCGGAGGCAGGGGCCGGGCUGAGUGAGACCGUCACUGAGACAACGGUUACCGUGACAACCGAGCCCGAAAACCGGAGCCUAACCAUCAAACUUCGGAAACGGAAGCCAGAGAAAAAGGUGGAAUGGACGAGUGAUACUGUGGACAAUGAACACAUGGGCCGCCGCUCAUCAAAAUGCUGCUGUAUUUAUGAGAAACCUCGGGCCUUUGGCGAGAGCUCCACGGAGAGUGAUGAUGAGGAAGAGGAGGGCUGUGGUCAUACACACUGUGUGCGGGGCCACCGCAAAGGACGGCGUCAUGCAACCCCGGGACCAAGCCCCACCACCCCUCCCCAGCCUCCUGACCCCUCCCAGCCCCCUCCAGGGCCCAUGCAGCACUAA